AUGGACAAAAUUAAGUUGUUCAAGUUGUCGCGCAAGAACCUCCCCAACUCGCCCGUCUUCACCGUGGGCAAGAGCCACAGAUCCGGACACCGCGGCGCUGGCAAGGCGCCCUCAAAGGCCAACCACACGAGUCGCGGGCUGAAGAGGAAGCGCGAGCACGGCGAGCAUCAUCAUCGACCAAGCAAUUUGGCCCUCGAAGCCAUGUUCUAUCAAUCAGACUCAUCUUCGUGGGACAAUGAGGAGCGCUUUCGAGAGUCUGAGUCAAGUGCAGGCUCAGCUAUCGCCGUCAACACCACCGUCGCGACGGAGGCGCCCACGGAGGCCACAACGAAAGCGGCGCAGCGAAACAAUCGACUUGUCAACUCAUCAUCAGCAGAUUUCAGACAAUACGACGAGGUGGGCGGUGAGGCGGACGUGCCCGGGCUCUUCAGCCCCAGCGGCCUGUACUCGGAUGAUGAGGCGCCCGAAGAGGCGGACGACGGCCAGCCGGAGAGCGUCCUGGCUGAGUGGGGCCACGAGCUGAUCGAGGAGGAGCAGAUGCAGUUCGACGAGACCACGCGCAACAACAGGCUGAAUCUCAUGAAGGGGCGCGACGUGGUCACGCGCUUCCUGCAGAUCGUGGAGAGCCAGCAUCUGUUAGGCGCCAACUGCACCGCCGGCACGGCGCUGAACCUAGGCGAGGGCGUGGUGGACCGCUACGCCCAGGACAGGUUCCGGAUCGAGGCGGAGGUGGCCGUCAAUAGGGCAAACAUGCUCACCAGGAUUUUUAAAUUAACCCUGCCAGCCGUUCAGGAGUCCGAGCAUCUGCUUCACGCCUCCGUGCUCUCGAUGGUGGAGUUCGACGAUGACAUCUUCGCGGCGGGAAAUUGCUUCGACUGGAAUCAGCACCCGGCCAAGAAGGGGCUCUUCUGCCCCUUCGCCUACCGCCUGCCGCCGCCCGACCAGGGCGCUUCGCUGGCGAAGGACCUCGCGGCGGAGUACCACUACCUGGGCAACACCUCGGAGUGGUUCUUCCUGGCGCGCAAGAACGCUGAGAAGGUCAUCUCGCGGAACGAGCAGUACAUCAAAUCUUACCACCUGUACUCGAACAGCUCGGAUCGCGUGGCGGAUGAAAUCCUAUCCGUGAAGUACGAGGACGGUCGCUGGUCGAAGCCGUACUACGACUGCGGAGGCGGCAAUAUAUGGAUGCUGACAUACACAGUGCCGUUUUUCGGCUACGAGAACGGGACGUACUUUUUCAAAGGCACUUCGGGCAUAGAUAUCGAUCUGCGGCGCGUCGACAUCGAUCAGUGUCCUCAAAGGAUCUCCAGCUCCGGCGUCUCACUGCCCCUCAACAUCUUCGCCGGCACGGACAAGUGCAAGGCUCGCACCACUGAGUGCGAGGCGAUUUCUGGCUUAGGAUUCCGCCGUGGAUCGUACAAAUGUGUCUGCCGGCGAGGCUUUUACUUCCCAGACACCACUUCAUCCCAGAAAUAUUUCAAUGGCAGCACUCUCGAGGAGGAAUAUGAAAAAUUGAUGCUGGGCGAGAGCUCCAUGUACAGAACUCGCCUGGCUUUCGAGUGCCUGCCAUGUGCUGAAGGCUGUGAUUCCUGCAAAGACUCCUCACCGUGUGUGGCUGCACUUAAUUGGCCCAUGAGAACGAGCAUCCUCGUGAUGGCGUGCGCAAUUAUUGGAUUUCUGCCUCCGGCCGCCUUUUUCACAUUCAAAUACCAGCAAGUUAAGGUUGUUAGAGCAGCGAGUCCAGCCCUCCUCAGAGUCAUUGCUCUCGGCGCAUUCUUCAUCUAUUGCACAACCAUCGUGCUCUACCCGCCGCCGUCACUCUACACUUGCACAGCGCGUGUUUGGCUCCGUGAGAUCGGAUUCUCCCUGACGUAUGGCGCUUUAAUGCUCAAGACGUGGCGGAUUUCCGUGAUAUUUCGCGUGAGAUCAGCCAAGGCGGUGAAAAUCACAGAUGCAUCGCUGCUGAAGCGCCUGGGCAUCCUCUGUGGAGCCGUUGGAGCCUUUCUGCUCAUCCGCACCAUCGUGGCGCCGCCGCGAGUGGUGGUGGGACGCACCACGGACGACCUGAAGGCGUACCUCUGCAAGACGGACUGGUGGGACCACACUUUCACUUCAAUGGAGGUGCUCUUCCUCGCCUGGGGCGUCCGGCUGUGCAUCAUGGUGAGAAAGGCGCCGUCAGAAUUUAAUGAGAGUCGCUUCAUCUCAAUGGCCAUUUACAACGAAUUCCUCUUAACGUGCUUCCUCAAUGUCUCCAUGUUGUUCCUGCAAUCACCUGCUAAUCCUGAUUUACUCUUCAUAAUAUUUUUCUGUCACACUCAGCUUACCGUCACGCUACUGUUGGCACUCAUAUUUGGCAGCAAGGUGUACCUCGUGUUUCGGGGCGGUGGCAAGCCGGAGGAUUCAAUUGGCCUGGGAACCAAGCCGUCGGGCGCUAAAUUUAUUUGUCGCUCCCAAGGGCGGACGCUCGCCAACGCCAGCACCGCCACGUCCUCGACUGCCCAGCUCGCCCUGCACGCCGCCCACGAGGGUCGUCUGACUGAGCAGGAGGCGCUGGAGGAGAUCAAGCACCUGUGCAGCGAGCUGCAGCGCGUCCAGGAGCGGGCACCGCCGCGAGGAGUGGCCGUGGCCACGAUCGCCACACUCCUGGAGUCCCUGCGCUGCUCCCAUCCGCCCACGCUGCGGCCGCCGGGCCAUGCGGCCAGGGCGCUGGAAGCGGGACACGCGGACAAGGCCACGAACACGCUGAGUGUGGAGGAGAGUCACUGGUACCACGAGAGCAACGGCGGCGCGCGGAUCGUGCUGACGGAGGCGGAGGACAAGGAGAGCCUGAAGAAGCUGCGGAAGUGCCUGGAGGAGUGUCCGACACUGGCCGCGGCGCCCAACAGCGUCCGUCCGCCGGCGCGGCCCAAUCUCAACGGCAUGGAGAGCCUCAGCAUCGACGUUGAGUCGAAGAGCUGCGACCUGGACUUCGCCGAGCUGCAGCUGGAGUGCAUGUGCAGCUCCGACAGCGUUGCGGACUCGCCCACGCUGCGGCAGAACCCAGACGGAGCGCCGGAGACGCAUUCCGAGCACGUGCGCGACGCACAAAACUGUGGCUGUGAUGCUGAGGUCUGCUGCAAGUGUCGCGAGGGCGUGAGCAGCAGCUCGAGGAGCACAACCAGCGGCAAGGCGCGCCAGAGCACCUCCGAGUCGCCCUCCACGGCCGACGAGAAGACGCUCAAUGAGGAGGGCGAGGAGGAGAAGGGCAUCCGGCGCACCAAGUCCACAGACUCGUCCAAGCUCAUCCUCGACCUCAACGACCGGUCCAAGUUCACCAAGGAAGUGUCCGUGUGA